UUUCCGGGCAGGUUCCGUGCUGAGCGCGUGGCGUCCUGUGAGUCCGACUCGUACGCGAAGUAUCCGACCCGACACGGUUCGAAUCCCGGUUUUUUCGUCGAGAUUUAGCCGUGAAACCCUCGUUGGUGUGUCCUUUCCGGUUGUGGAUUGUUACAUUUCCGCGUUUGGAUUGGUGCAUUUCCGGUUUUGAAUUGUUAUUUCCAGGUGUGAAUUGUUGGUUUACCGGGUGUGGGAUAUACAGCGUUUCCGGUUCCGGUGUGUGCGCGUGAACCGGUUCCGGUUGUGGUCUGUUGUUUUAUUUUAUGGUUUUUUGAAUCGGAGUUUGUGGUCGUGUCGCUGGGUGGCGUUGAGGAGAUUCGGAUGUUGAUGAUGAUUAACUGUAAAUCAAAGUGAUGUUGCAAUCCCUUUCGACAACGCCCGAGGUGUGAGAAGCAAAACUUUUGCUCAACCUAGUGACGAUGAUUUGUGGCAAGUCGAUAAACGAAACUUUAACGUCAAUCAGCUGAGUCUCCGGACGUAACCAUGGCAACGGAAGGAAAUGGAACGCACGAUAAGAAGUUUGAGCUGGAGUUGGAAUGCACGAUAAAGGCUCACUUGGACAAGGAGAAAGGGUUGACGAGCCCCGAAUUCUGUCCACGAACGUGGGACUCGCUGCUCUGCUGGCCGCCGACACGCCCGGGUUCUGUCGCCCUCCAACCCUGCUUUAGCGAGCUCAACGGCAUCCCCUAUGACACCACCCAGAACGCGUCACGGUUGUGCGGGGUCGGCGGGGAGUGGGUGAACCACACGAACUACGCGGACUGCCACGACUUGAACCAGCAGGCCGACGAUGCUGGGAUCGUCGUCACGACGGCCAUCUACUUUGCCGGCUACUCCAUCUCUCUCAUCGCUUUGUGCCUCGCCAUCUGGAUCUUCCUCUACUUUAAGGACCUUAGAUGUCUUCGGAACACCAUCCACACGAACCUCAUGUCAACCUACAUCCUUACGGAUUUCAUGUGGCUCCUUACGAUCACGUCACAGAUGUUCCUCCAGACGGACCAGGUUGUCUGCGCCUUCCUCAUUGUAAUUUUACAUUAUUUUCACCUCACAAACAUAUACUGGAUGUUCGUCGAAGGUCUAUACUUGUACAUAUUAGUUGUGGAGACAUUCACACGAGAGAACAUCAAACUUAGAAUGUAUAUCAUCAUUGGAUGGGGGAUCCCUGUCCUGAUUGUAGCCGCCUGGGCUGUGGCGAAAUCCCUCGCCCCAACAGAUCUGCAGGUGGAGACUGGUAGUAGUAUAAUGCGGCAUGACUGCAGGUGGAUGAGUCCUCAUGCUUACGACUGGAUCUACCAAGUGCCGGCCGUUCUAGUCUUAGGAAUCAAUUUUAUUUUUCUCAUCAGUAUUAUGUGGGUGCUAAUCACGAAGCUGAGGUCAGCAAAUAACGCUGAGACGCAGCAAUAUAGGAAAGCGACCAAGGCGCUUAUAGUACUGAUCCCCCUUCUAGGAAUCACUUACGUUCUAGUAAUCGCGGGACCAACAACAGGUGUCUCCGCCAAUAUAUAUGCUUAUGUACGGGCAGUCCUCCUCUCGACACAGGGAUUUCUAGUGGCUAUUUUCUACUGCUUCCUGAACACGGAGGUGCAGAACACGGUGAAACACCACAUGGAGAGAUGGCGAGAGGCUCGGGAGCUAGGGGCCAGCGGGCGACGCUACACGUUCAGCAAGGACUGGUCGCCAAACACACGGACUGAGAGCAUAAGGCAGGCUGUGCAGCUCACAACAGGCGACCACCGUCGGGAAUCACUACAGAAAGCGCGAAUCAACCACGAGUGACACGACGACGAUGACGCUGGUCGGCUCGGUGGCCGCCUCGGGGCCCACCCCGGCGCCAAACGGCACUCGCUUCUCUAACGGCUCCAUGGGCCGCCCCUCCUGCCCCUUCCUCGACGUCACCAGCCACGAGAACGUCGUUUGAUCCACGCCCACGUCUUCACCCUCGUCGCCCGCGUGCUGGCCCAGACGUCGCCCGGACCCCGAGACCAGCUUGUAAGCGGAUCCCAGACGAAAUCCUCGUCUCCCGGCCGACCCAAGGACUGUUGUGCUAAGGAAGAACGCCGUAUGAACGUUCGAGAGUUGCCGAAUUUCUCCGAAUAAAACGUGUAUUCACUGAAAAAAAUGGUAAGGUGAAACCACCAGUUACAGACACCCGCAAAAAUGUGAC